AUGGAACCAACUGCUGGAAACCGCAAUUAUCGACCACAGAUGUUAACAAAGUCUCACACAGUACGUGGGAACUUCGGCUCUCAUAUCCAAACUCGAUUACCGGAUCUAAUCACAAACUACGCCACACAUAUGGUCUCAACAGUCGUAUACGGUGACGCUAGAAAAAACACACCAGUGAACGGAUUUAAAUUCUAUCUUGAAGAAAAGAACGCUGCAUGGUGCACGACGGAGAUGGGUUUUGACCGCCAAUCGAUGGGACUUUUACAAAUUCAAUUGAUGGUUGGCGAGAAAACAAGAGAAAAUGACUUUGGCGGAGUUUGGUUUGACAUUCCAUACAAUAGGAAAUUAGUUGAAGGCAAGUCGGAAAAUACUUACACGACUCGUUUACGUCUCAAACAUAGCCUCAUAAUGUCGAACGGAAUGAAGAGCAGUAUAAAUAUUGAACAUAUGCCAGUUGUGACUUGCGAACGAACUCUCCCAACAACUAAUCAUUAUGAUUCUGCCGAUAGCGGAUACGGAGACUACGACGAAGAUUCUGACGAAUAUUUUGGCGAUGAUGAACCUGAUUUUCAGUUCUUGGAAAUGAGAAUUUCUUCACGGCUCCUUUUCUCAAUGAUUGACGAAAAAGACAAUCGUGCGUCAUAA